UGCACUGCCACACACACAUUUUUGUGUGUGCGUGUGUGUGUGUGUGUGUGUGUGUCAGAGUGAAACUAGUCGCUGUGGUUUCUUAUCGGCCAUCACAGCAGCGAGAAGCCGACUAGGGUCACGUUAACAUCCCGCAGACAGGGAUGCGUUUUACCCGCUGAUGAUCCGUCGACCAUUUUCAGUGCAUCCCCGACAGCAGCUCCUGAACGCAGCACCGAGGCACCGACAUCUUGGUCGUUUUGGGCUAAAAAAAUAAAAAAAAUAAAAAUAAACAACAAAACUACCGCGAAAAAAAAAAAAUCAUCCGUCUUCCCCACGGGAUCGGAUCAUCUUGGCAUCUUUCCGGGCAACAACAUCGGCAGGCUACAAUGGCAGAGCAUCUGUCCCAGAGUGAGCUGGACUACCCGUUCAAACUUCUGGAGUAUUUCAACGGCUUCAGGGUCUCAAAGGUGAUAUUUUCAGCCUGUGAGCUGGGAGUGUUUGACCUCCUGCUGAGGUCCCAGGAGCCUCUGAGUGCUCAGCAUGUAGCCCGGGAGCUUAGCACCAGCGUGGACGGGAUGGAGCGGCUGCUGGACGCACUGGUGGGCAUCGAGAUACUGGAGGUGGAGACCACCGACGGGACAGCUUUGUACAGCAGCACCGACGUGGCUAAUCUUUACCUGGCCAAAGGCAGCGGCAAGUCUCUCCACGACAUGAUCAUCUACCAAUCCCAGACCAUCUACCCGCUGUGGAACAACAUGGCGGACGCCGUCAGGGAGGGGAAGAAUCAGAAUGAAAAGACCUUCGGCCUUCCACCAGAAGAUAUUUUCCAAGCGAUUUACAGAUCAGAGGAGGAGAAGCUGAAAUUCAUGGGUCUGAUGAACUCCUCGUGGGUUCUAGACGGACACGACAUUGUGACGGCGUUCAACCUCUCCUGCUUUCAGGAGAUAGUAGACCUUGGAGGAUGCACCGGUGCUCUAGCCCGUGAGAUGGCCAAGGCUUACCCGUCCUCCUCCGUCACGGUGUUCGACCUCCCGCAGAUCGUAGAAACGGCUCAGAAACAUUUCUCUCAGGAGAGCAACACUGUGGUGUUUCAGAGUGGAGAUUUCUUCAGCGGUGAAAUCCCUCCCGCUGACCUGUACGUUCUGGCCAGAAUCAUUCACGACUGGCCUGAAGAGAAGUGCCUCACACUGCUGAGGAAGAUCUAUGACACCUGCAAACCAGGCGGUGGCGUCCUGCUGGUGGAAGCCUUGCUGUUUGAGAACCGACGAGGGCCCGUCAUGGCUCAGAUCUUCUCCCUCAACAUGCUGGUGCAAACCGAGGGCCGGGAGCGCCCGCCAUCCGAGUACACCCGCAUCCUCAACAAGAGCGGCUUCCACAACGUUCAGGUGUGCCGGACCGGCAAGUCCUACGACGCCAUCCUGGCCGUCAGAUGAGCUCAGGGCAGUCCAGAGGCGUCCCUCAAAGUCUGGGGACGGUAAAGAAAGGUGACCUGGAACUUUCAAGGCCGUGGAAAGGUUUGGAGGUGGACAUAAAACAUGUUAAGCUCUGAAAAAAACAAACAACUGUUGCCAGUCUCAGUGCACAUGGAUCCCCAGUAGGGCUGCACAAUUAAAUUCGCAAUUUUAACGAAAUCGGAAAAUGGACUACUACAAUAUCCAAAUACAAUAUUUGUUAAAGGCAACAUAAGUGUCAAACCAUUCUGAAUUAAUUUUUGUGGUGCUGCAAAGACGUCCCGGCCUAGAAAUCGUAUUCUACAGACUAUAGAAGACAUAUUUGUUUGGGACAGAUGCUCGCGAAAAUCACACUAUAACUAUAAUGAUUUUAACAUGAAGAAUUUGAAUAUUUUUCAAUGAAAAUGAGAAUAAUGAUACAAAAAUGAUAAUUUCCUCGAAUAUCGUGAAUUAUAUUGCAAUAUCAGUCAAAUCGCAAUUAGAUAUUUUCCUCAUAUGGUGCAAGCCUACUCCGCAGUUAAUGUUGUGUGAUGUUUUCAGACAUCAUCAUGUUUUUUUUUUUUUCAAAGAUCGUAGCAAUACAAACUAAACUAAAAUUCUCCGGAUUGAAGUUGCUGCUGGAAAAUGUUUGUGAUGAAUACUUGCCACUAUAGGUAACAUAUUUCUGCAUCUUUGUGAAAAAAAAAAAAAAAAAAAGAGAAUCAAUUCAGGUUAAAGGAAUAGUUUGACAUUUUGGGAAAUACCCUUAUUAGUUAGUUUUUUUUCUUUUGCUAAAAGAGCGAUACCACUCUGAUGUCUGUACGCUAAAUAUGAAGCCACAGCCAGCAGUCGGUCAGUUAGCUUAGCUUAGCAUAAAGACUGCAAACAGGUGGAAACCGUUAGCCUGGCUCUGUCCAAAAUCAGCCAACCAGCACAUCUAAAGAUCACUGAAUAACAUGUCAUAUUAUUACAAAGGAACCAAUACAGUAUCUGUUAUUUGAUCAAGAAUUGUGGAACGUUUACAGGCUGUGCUUUUUAGGCUGGCCCCAUUUGAACAGUGUUUUAAAGCCAAACAUGUCAUUGCUUUUACUUUGUUUCUUUUUUAUUGACAUGCUCAAAAAUACCAAAAUAUGCUCAGUAUUUGCAGUCAUAUCUUUUUGAAUAUCAGCCGUUCACAACCUAACACACGUACCAGAAUCAAAUAGAAAAUAGUGACAGGCUUGAUAUCGGAUGAUAGUUUUAUCAUUGGUGACAGUAUUUCUUUAAAAUCAUGGAGGGUGUAUUCCAAAAAAUUAUAAACAAAUUAUUGACAGAUUUGGGAUAGAUUUUCUUUUAUUUUUUAUGAAUAUUCAGCCACAAAUAUUGGGGGGGCUAGGCAUCCCUGCCUACAAAUCGUAUUCUACAGACCAAAGAAAAACUCCUUGUUCCGGACAGAUUCUCGCAAAAAUCCCACUAUAAUGAGGUAAUAUCAUCAGUAGGAGAGCGCCGUGAAGAUAAAAAAUUAUUAGUUCCAAACAGAUGUUUUGGGCAACAGCGUUGUUGUCAGUUUGCCCACUGUUGAAAGAAAUCUUCGCAAAAUGUCUGUGUAUAUAAUUGUUUUUUUUUUAAACUUAUUUUUGAAGUCAAAAACACCAAAAGUAACAACAUCAACCCUGUUGCCAUGAACCAUGUACAUAUAUCUACAUACUUUGUGUAUAUUGUCCAUGAACGGUAAAAAAACAUCCAUAAAAAGAAAAAGAGGGAAGGCAAACCAACUGCCAUGUUCAUUAUUCCAAAGAAUAUGUUAUCUAUUUUGUCCAUCUUGCAAAGCAUAAAUCAUUUCUUAGUCGUAGAAGAAACGUCAGUCUUUUCAUCUCCUGGAUCGCUUUGGUGAUUUCAACUCAAGUGUCUGCUGUAGUGUAGGUAGAUAGAACUUCUAAUGCAGUAAACAAAUAUGACGCUUUAGAAAAUACAGAUUUUUUGUGUAUGUUGUGAUAUUGUGUUAUUGUGGGACCGUGUGUUCCUGGCUUUCCCGUUUACUGUGACAAGUUCAUGUUCCCUCUCAGACUGCAUGUACACCAGACUCUGCAGAACAAACCUUAGUUUACCUCCAUUAUUCCUCCACUGGUGUUAAAAAGUUCUCUUUAUUUUUUUUAUUUUUGGACUGUGUGUUUUUAUGAACUUUCAAAUUUAUUGGUAUUUGUUGCAUUUCAACAUCUCGUGUUUACAACAGAAAGUAAUUUACAUCAUCUCAGCUCUAAAUAAGUACCGAAAAUGUCACAUAUUGAAUACUGUACAUACUACAAAACAGUGUAAGAGGUGCAGGAAACAUUUUCCUUUUUUUGUGAUCUGCCUGUGUGUCAUAGAUGAAAAUGUCAUACUGUUUGAUAGAAACAUUUAGAAUCAGCACACGGUUCUGUAAGCUCGUUUCCUGUCCUCUGAUCAUUCCACGUGUGGGCAUCACACAAUCUUAAGAUUAAAUCCGAGACCUACACUACAUCUGGUUAGUUCUUUCUAAAUAGUUUAUUCAACAAAACAAAAAAUAUAUUUAAAAGCAACAUGCAUGUGUAAAAAGCCCCUAGGUGAUGGAUGUUGACAAUGCAGCUGUCUUUCUAUUGUUGCAGGGGUUUUUUUUAUGUCAUGUAACUGCUGAAAUUAAACAUUGGUUUGUCAAAGGACAACACACAAACAAUGACAUAUUCCAUCUUUUUUAUGUAUUUCAAUGCUAAUAAUAAAAAAAAAUACACCCUGGAAGUGUGCAUAAGACAUCAGUUGUUAAGGGGAU